UAUCAUUGACGAGCGCAGCUCGGGGGUUUUGUAUUCAAAUAAACGAUCUAUUAGAACCUACCGCCGCGCUGCGUUAUCUAUACAUGGCAUGUUGCACGUUACGUAUGAAAUUGAACUGCACGCUGUUAAUCAAAACAAUGCGGAGGAACAGCUGUCCCUUGACGGAUGGUGGACCAUCGCAUUGUGCUACAUAUGUAUAGUUAUGGAGGAUAGUACGAGCAUCAAGUCUAUGGAAUCAGUAACAACAAGUGAUGAGUACGAAUUUGUUAACGAGAAGGGUGUAAAUAAACAGCAGCAAAUUUUAGAGCCACCAACUCUCAAUAUUGCUAAUAACGGAAACUUGGAGGAUCUGCAAAAUAAUCUCAGAGAGCUGCUCACCGAAGACUCUAAAAUGGAAAAUGAAAUUGAAGUGAGGGCUAUAACAGCUGAACAACAGAAUGAUGAUAAAAUACGAUAUGUUGGUCACAGUAAAUUCUACGAAGCAACUCCAAAUAUGGUAACUUCAGAAAAACAGGAUCCAAUGAAACCAGAUGAUUAUGUAGAAGAAGAAAUAUUUUCAGCAUCACACGUCCAACAGGAGUGCACUAUUUUUAAUGGCGUUACAUACCUGGGUGCUGCCGCGAUAAAUGCACCUAAAUCUGAAGCUGAAAUCCAGCGCAAUAUGGCAAUAUUGUACGCUGAACAGGCACCAAAUUUGGGAAUAAAAGUAUCUGUAUCUAUACCUAGUUGCUCACAAGGCAGUGUUGUCUUAUACGAUGCUACAAAUCAGCAAGCGAUGGCACACUACGAAGUCCAGCGUAUACUAUUUUAUGCACGUGGCGAAGCUACUGGAAUAUGCGCAGCAUGUUUUGCUUUUACAUGGUCACAUGGGGAUACCUUAGAAUCAGCUAUUUUCCAGUGCCAUGUAUUUCGCUGUGACAUACCAGAAGCAGUAGGUCAAGUAUCUGCGUGUUUUGCCAAAGCCUUUCAAAGAAUUCCCCGUUCUAUGACAAGUUCGUUGACAAGCAGUGAUUUUAAUGGAUUUAAUCCUGGCAAUGAAAAAAGCAAUUCCCGAGUUUUUAUCUUCGAAGUUACAAUGGAGGUAAAAGAAGAAGAUGGAAAAGGCGGAUUUAGUACAGUUCCAAAGGACAGGAAUUGCUUUAAAUUCAGAUGCAAUGUUGCCAAGCAAGUUUUUUUGAGCAUUCAGCAAGUAUCGAGCAAAGAAGGAGGUGUAACUCUGGAAAUUGAAAGGUGUUUUGGAGUACUAGUCAGUCCUGGGCGAAAUGUAAAGCACAGCGACAUGCGUCUUCUGGAGAUGCAGGUCAACCCAAGUCCAAUGGGUCAGGAUAAACAAUGCUACAAUAUCUGUGGUCUUUGGGAUCCGGCUGAUCCGGCUUUAGAAAGUUUGAAUGUUGAAAUACCUAAGGAGGGUGAAAUUUUCAUGACAGUUGCGGUAGAUCUUGUAAUUCGUGGGAUAAGAGAACCAGUACGGUUCUUAAUCGAAACACCCGUAAAAAUUUUUCCUCAGAAUGAAAGAUUUUGGUACUUUAACAAACGCCAUUUGGUUCAACAGUUUUACCUUAACUCAAAAGAGAUUAUACCUGGAGAUGGAUCAGAAGUGCAUUACGAAGUUCAAAGUAUAGAAACGUCUGGAGAGUUGGACCGAAAUCGAUUGAACCUCGCUUUGAACCUAGCAUCCUUGAUCAGAUCACCUUCUAUUACGAGCAUAGAUACAUUAACACCUAAGGAAGAAUUUGAUUCAGAUGGAGAUGAACCGAUGUUGAGUGGUACGGGUGAGGUUUCGAAAGACUGUUCUGCCGAUGAGUUAGCAAAUUGGGCAGAAGUUUUAGACACGUGGCAAGUAAAUGAACAACGGCCUAAGCUUCUUAUAAAACUAACAAAGUUAGGAAUUCCUGAAGCACUCAGAGCGCAAGUUUGGCAAAGGUUGAGCAAUUGCGAUAACUCACAGGAGAUGAUGGACAAAUACCGAAUGCUGAUCACUAAAGAAAGCAGCUGCGAGAGUGUUAUCUUGAGAGAUAUAAAUAGGACUUUCCCAGCCCACGAUUUCUUCAAAGAAACAGGUGGUCUAGGCCAAGACUCACUUUACAGAAUAAGUAAGGCUUAUGCUGUUUAUGAUGAAGAAGUUGGUUAUUGCCAAGGACUCAGUUUUCUCGUUGCUAGUUUACUGUUACAUAUGCCAGAGGAGCAGGCUUUCUGUGUGUUAGUUAAACUAAUGUACGAUUAUGGCCUUCGCAAUUUGUACAAAGAUAGAUUCGACAAUCUUCACAUGCGGUUUUACCAGUUGAAUCGUCUCAUCGAGGACCAACUACCGGAAUUGUACAAACAUUUCUAUGAUCGUGGAGUAGAAACUCAUAUGUUUGCUGCACAGUGGUUUUUAACACUGUUCACAGCUAGAUUUCCGUUGUAUCUAGUCUUUCACAUUUUGGAUGUAUUUUUACUCCAAGGUCUGGACACAUUAUUCCAAGUGGCCAUAGCGUUACUAACGCUGUGUAAGAAAGAGUUGCUUCAGUUAGACUUUGAAAGUAUAUUGAAAUACUUCAGAGUUCACUUGCCAAAACGUUGUCGUAAUGAAGAAGUUUCACGCUAUGUGAUGAAACUAGCGUGUUCAGUUGCGUUGAAGAAACUGAAAAAGUACGAAGCUGAAUUCAUGACACUUAAAGAACGAAAUCCUGUCUCACGUGCCAGCGAUUCCUUGUGGUUUGCAGAUGUAGCAAAAGCAGGGGAUUUCGUUAAAAUGCCAAUAGACAAAAUUGAAAAGUAUGGAAGUCAGUUGUCUAAUUUUUUUAAUCAGAGAUUUUCUAGAGCUGACACUUCCGAACUACUGAGGAUAUCACACAUUUGAGGAUCCCAAAGAAAUAACUUUUUUUUUAAUUUUUCUUACUUUUAUACUUACAUAUUUCAUGUUAUGUGGGAUAAAAUUUGUGUAUCAGGUGUUCACUGAAAUCGACUCGGAGAGUAUGUGUAUAUUUCUCUCUUCGAAAACGAACAAAAAUUUAGGUACUUUUUACUAAGCAAUAAGUAUAUGCAAAAAGUGAUAUUACAUAUGUAGCUUAAUUAUUUAAAAUGCUGAAUAGUUAUGAAUAUUUACGAAAUCGGGAAAUUAGGGCGGAUGGCUUUUUUUUCUUGCAUUUCAUCUAAUUAUAAGACAUUGGAUCAUUAAAAAAAUCAACUUGCUUUUAUAUUUAGCAAUCAUACGGGAUGUCUUAUAUAUUACCUUUCUGUCAAUUGGACACAGCCACUUUAUCUGACAAAAGUUGUGUUUCCCUUUGUUUAUAUUAUUUAUUACUAUUUGUUGAAAAUAAAUAGCCUCGUUAGUACGAAACAUACUUAUUUAGUUCUAUAAAUUAUUCCUUCAAUCCCAUCCCUACAAAUAUUUUUUUUUAAUUUUUAUUUUGUUGCUUGUUUCAGCAUUUUGAAAACGCAUGGUGCAUUUUGGGAAUGGAGUUUGAUUUUGUUAACGUUUAAUAUACUAAUGUCAUGUUCUGUCAUUCAACCGUCGAAAUGGUUAUCCACAAUUCAUACGAAAAAUUGUUGUGAAGUUUAUUGUUGAAAAUGAAUGAAUUACGGUAGAACCUCAAUUAUUUACUUUAUCUUUCUGUGAUUUAUUCAAGUAAUAGAUAUAAAACAUUCAGAUGAAGCAAGUUGUUUGGAUAACAGACGAUUCAGAAAAUUGAGGUCAGGGUAAUCAAGGUUCUACUGUACUUUUCGUGUGAUUUCUGGAGCGAAUAUACAUUUUAUGAAAUAUUCUGACCAUACUAACAGAAGUCCAUAUUAUUUUAGGCAAUGUUGGUACUGAAUCAAUAAGACUGGUCAACAAUGGUUUUUUGUCCUUGAUAUUUGAGUGGUCUUUGAAAGAUUUGAUAUCAAUGACUCUGGGAAUAUGCGUUAUUUUUCUAAAUUGGCUCUAGCUUUUUACUGUAUUGACAUUUUCAUAUGUGAUUAAGAAAAGCAAUUUAUAGGUGAAAAAUUUGACUUUUUUUCUAAAUAUCUAAACUUUAUCAAAAAAAUACUAUCAAUAGCUUUAGUUACACUUAAUAUCUGUAUUUAGUUACACUCAAUAGCUUUAGUUAUACUUACUUUAUUCAGACCAAAGUGGGAAAAAUACAGAAAAUAUGAUACUUUGUUAUUCCGACCAUGAAGAAGGCGGCACCACGAGUUUAGUCAGAAGGGGGGCUAUUAGGAUGUUUAAAAAAAAUAUUUAUUUCAUAUGCGCAUCAAAAUGUCGGUGGAACAUAUCAAAUAGAAUACCUCAGCCAGAUAUGAGCUCUUAAUAUCGAUUGUUUCCAUUUUCCAUCAAAAUAACAUGUAAAAAAAAUUGAAAUAUGUUUGAAUAUUUUUUGUCUCGUAAACAGCUGAAUUUAUAAACUAUCUCAAUAUGGAUUCUUAUACGAAAUUCCACGCUCUACAAAAACGUACUGAGAUAGAAAUUUCCUAACUAACCGAUUAAGAGAUACUCGCUCAUAAAUAUUGAGUCAUCUCGAAUUCAAUACUACAAUAACAUAAAAACUAGAGCCAAUCUAAUACAAUCAUAAUUAUAUUCGUAAAUUCUACGUUCUCAAACACCAGAACACAAGAAAUUUUUAAUUUUGUAGAGCGAUGUUAUGAGUUGACACUUUCCCUUAAUUUAAACGUCAAUAAAUUUUUCAAAAUAUAUUUUUCACUUUAAUAUGAAAUUGAUGAAAUCUUGUUUUUAAUUCCUCAAAAAGUACAAAAAAAAAAAAAUCUUAGAUCAGUUUACAAGAUAUUUAAACCCAUGAUUAAGGUUUUGAGAUUAAAAUAUCGAGUGCACGCUUACAUAUUUCAUCUUAAAGACUACAUGUCAAGCAGUUCAUGCAAAAGGCCCAGAGAUCUCAUUUUCAUUAAGCUCAUGUACUUAUCAUUAUUUACUCAAAGAUCUCAUCCAAAUAGUGCUACCACUUUUAGAGAUACAGUUUUAAAUGUGGUUUGAUUCUACAGAAAUCAGUUCGACGGAAUAAACGGUCUACAAAACAUGUUCUACAGACUCGUUUCUGCAGAAAUAUUUAUCUACAGAGGGAACCUCGAGAUUCACAUCAGGAAUAAUCCUGCAUGAAUUAUUCUACAAGAGAAUUGUUCUACGGAAUACUUUUCCACAGAAUAUUUAUGUAUAGAAAUUUUUCUUCACAUUAUUUUUCUGCAGAUUUUGUUUGACACAACCCACAUUCAGAGCAAUCAUCGAAUCGUCAAAGUCAUGCAUUUAAUCGUCAAUCUCGUACACUUUGAUUUAAUUUAAUUUAAUUUAAACUAGUUUAAUUCAAAUUAUUUGUAUUGUAUUUAUGUGCGGGUUGUGUCUAACGGGUAUUGUGUUGGAUGUGUGAAAUUAGAAAACGGUUCUGUAGAAUAGUUCUUGUGUAGAAUAACUAAUGCAGGAUUUCUGAUGUCAAUCUUGAAUU